AUGUCAGCUAUACAGCAUGAGGAAGAUGAUCCAAUUUCUCCUGUUCAUAACUCAAGAGAGUCACCUCACACACGUGGUCAACAGGUCGCACGAUUCCUAGCGAGCGUGGAAAACGGUGCCGACAAUCGCAGCUUCACAGUGGAAGAGGAGGAGCGUGUGCUACGCCGUAUUGAUCUACGCGUUCUGCCACUCUUGUUGGGCGCAUACUUCUUUCAGCAGCUUGAUAACUCCUUCCUGCAUCGCAGUGACCCAAAUGUGGUGACGUCGACGAGAACAAACACUCAGAGCAGUGAUGUGGAAUGGGAUGAAUGGUCUAACCUUCAUUUCAUGCCCGACUCCCCUAUGGAAGCGAAGUUCCUGAGCGACCGUGAAAAGUACAUCUCCGUUGAGCGUCUUCGUGCGAACCAAAUGGGAAUUGUCUCUAGAGAAUGGCGGUGGGAUCAUGUGUGGGAGACUCUAUAUGAUAUGAAAACUUGGUGUUGGUCUUUCUUGGUGCUGUCAAUAUCCAUCCCAAGCGGUGGAAUUAGCAGUUUCGGGAACCUGAUUAUUGAAUCAUUCGGGUAUACGAACUUCGAAUCUAUUUUGUUCAAUCUUCCCCUGGGAGCGAUUCAAAUAAUUGCCAUUGUUGGAGGUGGUUGGCUUGCUACUCGAUUCAAGAUGAAGGGAAUGAUCAUAGCCCUUUUCGCUGCUCUCUCCACCAUUGGGACGAUUUUGAUGCUUGUCAUACCACGAAGCAACAAGGGAGUCUUGCUGUUUGGAUAUUACAUGGUAUCAACACUUGCUGCCAUCACACCUAUCAUUUAUGCGUGGGAAGCACAAAACACAGCGGGUGAUACGAAGAGAAAGUUCACGUCCGCCAUUGUGCUAGUGAUCGGACCGCAGCUUUUUCAAACCUCUCAAGCCCCGGCGUACCGGCCAGGUCUUAUUGCUUGCUUAAUUAUGUUCAUCCUUGUGGGUAUUUUUGCAAUAUUGACUGAUUUCUAUUUAAUAAUUCUCAACAAAAAGCAUGCAAAGAAGAGAAAACUUCUAGGCAAGUCCGCGGUCAUAGUUGAUAAGUCAAUGUUGGCAAAGGAUGAGAUUCAACACAGUAAGGCUGUGGAGGUUGAAGACAUAAAUGAGCAACAGGCUUCUAAUACGACAGCUGUGGACAAUGAGUUUGCGGAUACCACUGAUCUCCAGAAUGAGGACUUCAUAUAUGCCUACUAG